CACACUUAUUAAUGUAUCCUAUUUUGCUCACUUUUGUUAAAGAUAGACUGUGCUGAAUGCUAAUACUGAAUUCUUCGCUUGAUUUUGAGUAUUUUUUGUCAUUAAGUAGCAUACGAAAUUUUCAGUGGCAUUUGAGAAAACUGAACUUCUUUACACUUUUAAAAGGAUCCAUAUUUAUGUACAGGGUGGUCACAAAUGAUCAACAAAAAAUGUUUUUCCUAAUAAAAAACAAACUCUUUUUUGAUGGAACAGCUUUUAUUGAUUUUGGGAUUGAAUUCAGCGUAUAGGUUUAAAGAUAACCGGCGCUCCAGCUUCCAGUCUCCAGAUUUUGAUGUAUUCUUCUCGUGCAGCGAUUCUUUCAUGGUUUUUUACGUUUUUAUUAGCCUCGAUAUAAAGCCGUCGUGCUUUUCGGAAAAAAUGUAAAAGUGCAUUUUACUCCGAAAAUCCGGUUACUGCCAGGGCACAACGCGACACACUGUAUAUAUAAAAAUACUAUAAAUUAAAUAGAUACUUGGGGUCGAACACUUUUUAUAUUUUUUUCCCCAAGUGUCGUACUUAUUGACAUAACUUAUCUUAAACGAACCACCCUGUAUAUUGUUGUAUUCAUAAUAAAGAUUUCACGGACCGUAUAAAAACAUGAAGUUGGUGAUUUCUCGUCGUAGAGCUUAAAAAUCGACAACUAGAGAGUGACCUUUACUUUAAACAAAUUUAAAAACGUCCUUAUCUUGGGACACACUGUAUAUUGGUAACGGUGAUAAAAAAGGCCUGGAAAGAGGUUAAAAUUUUCAUCUAAAUAAUUUUCUGUGAGUUGGUUUUUUUUGUUAAACGACGUCAAACGUAGAUAAAACGCGGUUCCGGACUAUGUAAGAACCCGAUAAAGGUACCCGCAGCAUGGUUCUGCAGAAAUUCGUGGCGACGAGAUACUGGUAUUCGAGACGGAAUAAAAAACGUAGCGUCGUAGUCGGGGCGUCACUGAGUUGCCUCGCCUCCGGAUACGAUUCCGAUGGGGUCGUGUCAGCGGCCAUGCCGCCCACCGCAGCCAUGAGACUCGAAAGUCCGCCACCCAAUUCGACGACGGUCAUCAGCGAGAACAACAACGGCCUCUUGGGACCCGAACUGGAGCUGCUCGCCAAGCUGGAGGAGGCGAACCGCUUGAUCGAGUCGGACGCCAAGUCCCUCAACUCGUUGAGCGGCGCGUCGGGACACUCGAGAAAGAGCUCGGACACGAGCCAGAUAUCUCUCACAUCGGGUGCCAGUUCGACCAACGAGAGGGGCGAAGAGGGUGCUGAAGAAUUGUGGGCGCGCUGGAGUCAAAUCGUCAACGAUUGGGAGAACAACUGGAAGAAGCAGACGCCUCAAAUCAAGGAACUGGUCCGUAGGGGAAUUCCUUUGCAUUUCAGGGCCAUCGUUUGGCAAUUAUUGUGUUCGGCGGCUGAAGCGCCCGAGAAGAAGCUCUACGCUGAGUACAUCAAGACGAAAUCGCCCUGCGAAAAAGUGAUCAGGCGGGAUAUCGCGCGUACUUAUCCGGAACACGAUUUUUUCAAGGAAAAAGAUGGCCUGGGGCAGGAGUCCCUAUUCAACGUCAUCAAGGCGUAUUCCUUGCACGACAGGGAGGUGGGAUACUGUCAGGGUUCCGGAUUUAUUGUGGGACUCUUACUAAUGCAGAUGCCGGAAGAAGAAGCCUUCGCGGUGGUGGUCAAGAUCAUGCAGGACUACCGGAUGCGCGACAUGUUCAAGCCCAGCAUGGCCGAGUUGGGCGUGUGCAUGUUCCAGCUGGAAAACUUGGUGGCCGAAUACCUACCCGACCUUAACCAACAUUUCCAGUCUCAGAAUUUCCACACCUCCAUGUACGCGUCCAGCUGGUUCCUCACCUUGUUCACGACCGCGCUGAGUCUGCCCCUUGCCUGCCGAAUAAUGGACGUUUUCUUAUCCGAAGGCAUGGAGAUUAUAUUCAAAGUCGCAUUGGCGAUGCUGACGUUGGGCAAGGACGAACUGAUGUCCCUCGACAUGGAAGGAAUGCUGAAGUAUUUCCAGAAGGAGCUCCCCGCGAAAGCGGAAGCCGAUCCCGAAGGACUGCUUCAGCUGGCUUACGGCAUGAAGUACAACCCGAAGAAAAUGAAAAAGCUGGAAAAGGAGUACCACGUGAUCAAGAGUAAAGAACAGGAGGAAAUGACCGAGUUGAAGCGAUUGAGAACGGAAAACAAACAGCUACGUCACAGAUGCGAAAUGCUCGAGGAAGAAAGCAAGGCUCUAGCGGACCGGCUCGUCAGAGGUCAGGUGAGCAGGGCGGAGGAAGAGGAGACCACGUUCGUGGUGCAGAGGGAGCUGGAAGCGCUGAGGCACACUUACUUGGACACGACUCAUCAGCUCGCGUUGGCCAACGAAAAAAUCAAGUCUCUGUCAUUGAUGAUGGAGGAAACGGUAAGCGCGGGGCCUUACGUUAGGUUAAGCCUCACCCAAAGACGGUUGCAGCACACUUCGAGACAGUCUUCCAUAGAGGAGAUCACCCUGAAGCAGGAGCAGUUGCAGCAGCGCGAGGAGAUGAUCGAGUGUCUGCAGGAGGAGCUGGUAAAGGUGAGGUUGCGGGAGGCAGAGAACGACGCGCUGAUCCGCGACCUACGCUCCCGCAUUCACGAAUUGGAAGAGGACAAGAAGACUUUGAGGGAAACCGCGCCGGAUAACAGCGUCGCGCACCUGCAAGAGGAACUGAUCGCGGUGAAACUCAGGGAAGCGGAGGCGAACUUGUCUUUAAAAGAUCUACGUCAGAGGGUGUCGGAGCUGAGCCACCAGUGGCAGCGACACCUGCAGGAACACAGGCAGGAGCCGACCGCGUUGAGCGAGGCGCACAGCACGCCCAAGAAGCUGCUGUUCUGGGAGAACAGACACGGCGAGACCCAAAAGCUGGAAGAGGAACUGAUGACCACGCGUAUCAGGGAGAUGGAAACGCUGACGGAAGUCAAAGAGCUAAGGUUGAAAGUGAUGGAGCUGGAGACGCAGGUGCAAGUGGGCACCAACCAGCUGCGCAGACAGGACGAGGAGAUCAAGAAGCAACGCGAGGCGCUCGAAUCGGCCGAGAUGCGGGAUAGGGAGGCGGCCGCACGUCUGUUGGAAGAGCAGCGACGCUACGCGGAUCUCGAGAGCAAGAUGCAGGACGAGCUGAUGAGGGCGAAGAUCAGCGACGCGGAGAAAACGCAGGCGAUCGCGGAACUGACGCAGAAAAUGAGCCAGCUCGAGUUGAAGAGUCAGGAAAUCGCGACCGAAGGAGAACUGCGCAUCCACUCGGUGGACGAGGGGGACCGAGUCAGGGAGCUCCAGGACAAGGUGGCCGACCUCCAGGCCGAGGUCAUAAGGCUCGAGCGUAGGUCAGCGAUAAGUGGCACUUCUCGCCUGCACUCUGACCGUUCCCUUUCGAUAGACAGCACGGACGACGAUAGCAAAUUCCGAGCGGACGAUCCCUCUUUGAGGUUAAACUUGGCCCCCGAAUCGCCGUCCGGACUACCGGACGCCAUCUUUGCCGAACCGGGACAGAAGGAACCGGCCCGGUGACUGGCUCGAUAGGUUUGAGGACUAAAUAAGACGUAUUAACUCGUUAACGUGCGCAAUAUCUCCGAGUACUUAAUUUUUUUUAACGCUAUUUAUUCGAUGUGGAGCCUACGCAGGGUAGAUCGGUGCGUAACGGCGUACGUUUUCGACUGACUAGGAAAAUGCACAAAUCCCCCCCCCCCCCAUAGGAAGGCGUGUCGUUUAGCGAGAAAGAGAGAGGUAGCCAAUAGGACUCUAUAAUAUUUAUCUGUGGUAAUAGUAGUAUUAAAUCGAAAUUAUGAGAGGGUAAGGUCGGCGUGGUGUGGACUAAAUAGACCCGCCGUGUGUGGGUCUCAGAUAUUCGGUAUAACCCUUUCAGGACGGCACGAUUUUGCCACACAAACAGCUGUCGGCAUAGGACACGCCCUAUGGACGAAUGUCAUAUAUAUACUUCGGUCAUAGAAACGUACUUGUGAAACCCUUUAUAAAAACGCAAAAAGAUAAUUUUUUUAAUCAAAUAACUUUAUUUUAAUUUGAUUAAAAAAAUUAAUAACUUUAUUUUAAUUUAAAAUAUAUUCUUUUUACUAGCAAGCUUUUGAAAAAUAUUAAAAGAUGUAAAUGAACUUAUACAAAAUAUUCUUAAAUCAAAAUUAUAAAAAAAUGACUCAAGUCUUUGUCACAUUCCUUACACAUAAAUCUGACAACCUUUCUUUGUUUUUCCUUUGCUGUUGUGUGUAAGCAUACAACACAUCUUCUAGAGGCGGUUUUUGUCUUUCCAAUUGAGGGAUCUAAUGCGCUUGUUGGCAUUUAAUUUGUAAAUUUGUAAAUUAACGUCCUUAAACAGAAGAACUUAAAAAAAUCGGCAAUAUAUAUGAAUAAUAGCCAAUAAAAUUUUUACAAACCUUUUGAAAAUUCCAUGUAGAAGAUUUUGUUGAAACUUUGCAAGGGGCAAGUCUGUUUCAACAAAAACAUGGUAUAUGCAUUCAACCCACGGAUAUUCAACGCAUGAAAGAAUAAUUUUUUGUACCAUUUUGAGGUCUUCCGCAUACAAUCAAUGCUGCUCAUCAUCGUAUCCGAACGGUCUACUGCUCCCAUUUGUUUAUUAUAGUUAAUCACACAUUCAGGUGGUAUUGUCAAUUUUAUCAAGUGCCAUUUUGCUGUCUUUCCACCUGGCAAACCUGGCAGAUGUCCGAACUUCCCCAGUCUAUUUCGUCUUUUUCUGUUUUUUCCUUUAAAAUCGACAUGCGAGGUCUUUUAGAUCUAACAGUCCCACAAGAAUUUGUUUUUUUUUUCGUGAAGAAGAUAUAAGAUCGGAAUGCUAUAGAAAUUAUCUGUAAACAGGGAGUGAGAAUUUAGAUGCGGUUUCGUAAGCUGAGCUACAAUAUUACCAGUGACUCUUAAUCCUGUAAUGUUUUCUUCUGCAUUAUGUGUGUCCAAUAUAGACUAGUUUCACGGUAAAAAAAAAAAGCUUCGUCUUUAUCAAAUGUAAUUCUCAUUGUUUGAAAAAUGCAAAUUUUUUAGAAUUUAAGUAUCUGUCUCUUUCCAUUUUUGACUAAAGCCUGGAGAGUAUAAGAGAGGAUCUGUUAACCGAUGUUCUUUUAUUUCAAGCCUUCUAUUUCUACUCACGAUCAUGGUCAACCCAAGAAAUGUGAAAAACUUAUCUAAAUCAAUCCAUUUAUUUUCAUUUUUCUGUAUAGCAUAUCUGUUGGUUUCGAAAAUUAUGAAAGGAACUGUAUCUUCAGUGAAAAGAUUCUUCUUCAGAUGAGUCUUCUAUCAAUGUCAUGUCCUUUACUCACACUCUCACUCUGACGACUGUCAUCAAAUUCACGCAACUUAGACACAAAGUUCUUUUUUUGUCCAUAUAUCGGAUAAUGGCCGAUAUAUAUGGUGCUAGUCCAUAUGAGAAAUUUUCCAGUCAUGAUAUAUCAGUGAGUCAGACUUACGGUCAGGCGUCUGUGACGCAAUUUUCGCACUGUCCACCGUCUUGGAGGGGUUAAGUGUUGUUAGCGUGAGAUCCUCCACCACAUGCACCCCUUAAAUGUAUUUUAAAAUUGUGAUUUUUUAUAAUUAGUUUUUUUUUAUAAAUUGGUGCUUUCGACUCUUUAACAUUCCAUUUUUUUGCUUAAUUUGCUGACGAAAAUAUUAUUUCCGAAAACUUUUAGAGGCAAUACUCAAACGCUAGUGUUUCAAUCAUUAUUAUUAUUUUUUUGUUAUAUUUGAUAUUUAUUUUUUAAAAAGAGAGGAAACUUGGCUUCCUAGGACUAUUAACAAUUUUAUAGACUAAUUUGUUAAUAUAUUGAUUGAUGUAUUUUUUUUUAUAAAUUAAUAAAAUGUUUGUACAACG